GCGUGGUUUCCGCUAGGUCUAAAAGAAGGGGCGUGGUUUGGACUGACUUUAGCAGCAGGGGCGUGGCCUCUUUGUAGCGCCGCAUCACUCUGCUUGAAAGCUGAAGCGGAACCUACCGUGCGCCUCUGCAGCUGCGUGUGUUUGGAGCACCUUAACGGGACUUUAGUCGUGUUUUCGGGUCACGUGAAGGGACAGGUGGAGUGAGAGUUGAGGAUUAACACAAAAAAAACACAAAAAGAAAGCUUACAUCUUUACACGCUGGUGGGGAAUUAGGGAAGGUGCGUUUUAAGGUUGGUUCAGAGUCGUUUCGGCGAUGGAGUGGAGAGAGCAGACGGCAGUCGGCUGUGAGGUGGCGUUCAGCGAGGCACAACGAUGGAUGGAGGAAGUGACGAAGAAGAGGUUCGGGAGCAGUAACUUUAGAUCUGCCCUGGAGAACGGAGUCUUGUUGUGCGAUCUGAUCAACAAACUCAAGCCUGGGAUCAUCAAGAGAGUGAACAGACUCUCCACCCCCAUCGCCGGAUUAGACAACGUGAAUGUGUUUCUGAAGGCCUGUGAAAAACUCGGACUCAACGACUCGCAGCUCUUCCACCCCGGAGACUUGCAGGACGUGUCCACCCGCGUGACCGUCAGGCAUCAAGAGACAUCCAGGAGAUUGAAAAAUGUUCUGAUCACGAUAUACUGGCUGGGAAGGAAGGCUCAGGCCGACCCGUCCUACAGCGGACCACAGCUCAACUUUAAAGCGUUCGAAGGUCUGCUGGGCGUCGCCUUAUCCAAAGCUCUAGAGGAGGCCUCGGGCUCCAAGUCCAGUGUGAGGGACAGUUUUUUUGCAGAGACCUGGUACCCUGACAGCGAGGUACUGAGCUACAGGAGGGAAGAUUCGGUGGAGUCCGUAGACUCCGUGGAGUCGCACACUCUGAGUGUGGUGUCGGAUUGUACGUUGAUCGCAGGCAGUGAAGGGUUUGGGAGCGACGCAGAGGCAGAGCACUGCUUUAGGAUGACUGAACCUCUGCCUGCCCCUGGUAGAGAGAGACGAAACGUCCCGCCGGCACUGAGGAGGAAAAGAUUUGAGCCACAUGAAGGUGGCAGGGGGCGUAUCGGCCCGCUCCACAGAGUUCCCACGGGACGUUCGCCUUGUGUCGGGAGCAAGUCCAUGAGUGACAUCGCCACCGAGCCCGUAGCUCAGGAGGCUGAAAGCAGCACGCUUUUUCUUCACCUGAAGAGCCAACGCAGUAAAACUGCCACGGUUUCUAUGCAGACGCGGCUGUAUCAGGCCAGGCUGAGGGAGAGCGAGGCCAAGUGGCAGGAGGACCUGAACAGGUGGAAGACCCGAAGGCAGAGCUUGAACUCGGACCUGCACAAGAAGAAAGAGGAGCGAGAACAACUCGAGCUCCUCACCAGUGCGACUGCGCUAGACGUAGAGGAGCAGAAGCAAAGUCCUUGUAGGAGGAGCCUACGGGGGGAGAAUCCUGACUUGGCCUCUAUGGCUACACACGAGGCCUUCGCUCCUUCUCCACUGACCUCCCGCUGUAGCAGCAUGCCGGUUCCCGUAAGCUCAACUGGACCCGUUCCUGUACGCAGGGACUGUUUUCGUGCUACUGGUACGAUUGACGCGAGUCAUCACACACCUCCUGUAGUGAGCGCAGCGUCCGAUCACCUGCAGAGCUCCUCAUCCACCUCCCUGCCAGCCUCGGAUACAGACUCCGCUCAGGUGCCCGUCCAGUGCGCCAAGUCUCUAGAGGGUGUGUAUUCGGGUACGCCGCAGAUGUCCGCCUCGCUGCCCAGAGGUUUCCGCAGGUCAGAGGGCACCUCACGGCUCUCCACAGGCGUCACACCUAGACCCUUCUGCACCAAGACCUCCAGGAGGUCUACUCAGCCCAGAUUCUACCCCACGGACGAUUCCCAUAACGACCGGCGAGAGCGACACCAGCUUCCUGGAUCUUUCCCCCGGCAAGAAACCGAUACUACAUCUGAUUACAAAGAUGGCACUCGCUCUAGUACGCACGCGGCCGUCCGGCAGAGGAAGAAGGAAGAGGAAGAGCGGGGAAAGCGGAUGGACUCGGCUCCUAGCGUUCACUCGUUCAUGUCCGCUAGUGUCCUGAUGCCAGAUAAAACCGUGUCUGCGAGCGAGGAGGACGAGGUGGAUCACCGUGACAUGCGAGUCAGUCUGAAUCAGACGCCCGACAGCGGCACGGACUUCGGCUUUCAGAUCCGUUGGGACUCGACUGGCGCUCACAUCAAAUCCGUCCAACCAGGCAGCCCGGCUCAGCUGUGCCACCUGCAAGCGGGCGAUGAGAUUGUGGCUUUGGGUGGACAGCGAGUGGCCGAAAUGAGCUACGAACAGUGGAAGGCCAACAUGGAUGCCGCGCUGCGAGAGGGCAAGCUGCUGAUGGACAUCCGACGCCUCAGCCUUAACGGUCAUCCAGAUCAGCACACCUCCAGCCUGGCCGUGGAGAACGAGACUAAAGCGCAGGUCAACGGCCAUCCUGUUAAUGGUUUGACAUCGAAAGUAACAAAUAGGAGUUUCCGUGACAACGUGGUCCUGACAAAAAACAAAGGAGGCUCCGAGUCGGCCAUAUCGGAUCUGCUGGUUCCCUCCAUCGGCGCGUCGUCAUCCUCACGCUGGUCCUGGAACGCGGAGGAGGAAAGGAGGAGACAGGAGAAAUGGCAGAUGGAGCAGGAGCACCUCCUGCAGGAGAAGUACAGGCGUGAUCAAGAGAGACUAGAAGAAGCAUGGAGACGAGAUCAGCAGGAUGCAGCAUUAGAAGAAAACAGCGGCCCUGAGAAGCAGGAAGUGCCCGCUUUGCCCAGUGGAAACAUCACGCAUUACUCUCCAGCCCCUUUCCUCCACCGAUCAAAUUCGCCAACUCUUGUAGCACCCGCUCAGCAAGCGCAAGAGGCGGCGCUCGUCCUGAACAAACAGGUCCAAAUAGCGGCCAGUCAUCCGACCAGGGAGGAGUGCGAUUCCUCCUCAAAGACAAGUCAAUGGCCGAGCGAGUCUUACGGAUUUACCAAGCUAUCGGCUUCGUACAGGAAAAAGUCCAAAUCCACUCCCUCACUUGAUGGCAGCCACAAGCAAGAGUCUAGAGCUGAAGCGGGCGUUAAGAAGGCCGGUCGCACGUCUCAGGCCGAGCAGGAGCGUCUGCAGAUCCUGGAUGAGAUGAGGAAGAAGACUCCAGUCCUUACUGACAGCAGCUGGAUCCGCCAGCGCAGUACCUCUACCGUCCACAAGGAGCCAGUCAGCGUUGCACCACUGAGAAGACACGAGUCUCUGGACAACAUCCGCAGCAGCAGCUCCUCGUCUCCGCAGUUCUCCAGCUCGUCUCAGCCUCUUUCGGGCCUGAGCGGCAUCGUUCCUUACCGAGCUUACUCGGGCCGCUGCAGCCUGGGCCCCGGUGCUGCCAUUUUCUCCAAGGCUUUAAGGCAGAGCUCCUGGUCUCGGCUCUCCUCCAUCUCUCCCGCGUCUGUUGCUGAGGAGGCGUGUAACCGAGCAGAUCAGCAUGACAGUGCGUCAGCUGCAGGACUGAGCUCAGGAGAGACCCGGAGUCCGGAGCUCAGGUGCGAGUCAGGCACGGACAGCUCUUCUGUGACACCUGUUGCAACAGUCUCCAAGCGGAUAUCCGUUUCUCCCCAGUCCGUACCGGCAUUCCGAAGUGAUCAUGAUGCGUCGCUGCAGAUCACGGAGAAGACUUUCCCUGAAGAUGAUUCGGACACGGCAACCGCAAGCUCGGCAUAAUUUCAGACAGGAAUAAGCUUCCACUUAACCUUCCAUUUGCGUCAUAGAAUUAUUAUUAAUAUGCGUAAUUGUUCAGGUUGUCCGAUUUAUAAGUUUCUGAAUGUGUGGGGGGGUAUUUUUUUUUUUUUUUUUUUUUUUUUUGGGUUAAUUUUUUAAUUUGUCCUUUAAUAACGUUAGAUUGCUGAACUGAAAUAAACACAGCAGUAGUAGACCUUGUCCUGCUAAUCUGGACUGCAAGCUGAAACAAGGUGAUGACUUUUUUUUUUUUUUUUUUUUUUUUUUUUUUUUUUUUUUUCUUUCUUUAAAUUAGACAGCCCUUCUUGUAUCCUGAGUUCUCUGCAUUACAGCUUGCAUCAGUACAGGCUUUUGUUUCACACAGAUUUAAUAUGAUGUACGUGUAUAUCCCAUAGAUAAUUAGCACAUGUCAGCACUUUUUUGUUCUUGGUCUUGUAAUGCACUUUUUUCCCUUUUUUUUCAUUUUUUUUUUGGAAGCAAGUCUGUUUUUAUGGAGAAAUCGCACUGAUCAUUCCUAAUUUCUGUAAAUAAAAGUAUCUACUAUGCAUUUUA